CGUUUUUUGCGCAGGGUGAUUUCCGGGGCUCCCUGAACGCAUCAAGUGCUGCUGUUUUUGUCGCGUUCAAAGACUGAAUUUAAAAAGUCUCUCAAACGGUCUGAGAUCAGGUCUUCAGGUCUUCAGGUCUUCUAGUAAGUGACCGACUGACAACACACGUGUCCGCGCAGUGUUCAGACUCUAGAAGCACGUGUUUCACUGGAGAUCAGCAGCUCCGGAAGCUAACAGCUAGCAGCUAGCUAUGACUGCUAAAUAACAACAGAAGGGGAACAGAGGAGAAAACAGGGAAGAAAGACAGAGGAGACAUACAGGGGAGACAAACAACUGAGGAGACAAACAGCAGAGGAGAUAAACAGGGGAGACAGACAGAGGAGACAGACAGAGGAAACAGACAGAGGAGAUAAACAGGGGAGACAGACAGGGGACAGACAGCAGAGGAGAUAAACAGGGGAGACACUUACAGGGGACAGACAGCAGAGGAGACAUACAGGGGACAAACAGCAGAGGAGACAUACAGGGGACAGACAGCAGAGGAGACAUACAGGGGACAGACAGCAGAGGAGAUAAACAGAGGAGACACACAGUGGACAGCAUCAUCUUCUCGUGAGGGGCUGACAGGUCUGUGACAGGCAUGAGCUCGAGAAUAGAGUGUAUAUUCUUCAGUGAGUUUCAUCCCACCCUGGGACCGAAGAUCACAUAUCAGGUUCCAGAGGAAUACAUUUCACGGGAGCUCUUUGACACAGUUCAGGUUUACAUCAUCACCAAGCCAGAACUGCAAAACAAAUUAAUAACAGUCACCGCCAUGGGAAAGAAGUUAAUCGGAUGUCCUGUGUGCAUCGAACACAAGAAGUACAGCAGAAACGCCCUCCUGUUUAACCUCGGCCUCGUCUGUGAUGCCCAAACCAACACGUGUGCCCUGGAGCCGAUAGUGAAGAAGCUGUCUGGAUACCUCACGACUCUGGAGCUGGAGAGCAGCUUCAUUUCCAACGAGGAGAGCAAGCAGAAACUUUUACCCAUCAUGUCGACCUUGAUGGAGGAACUCAAUGCCACAGGAGCCUGUACCUUACCCAUCGACAAGUCAAAUACCAUCCACCUUAAACUAAUCCAGCUGCGGAAGGACCCCCCGAUUGUCCAGGAGUACGAUGUCCCAGUUUUUACCAACUGUAAAGAGCAUUUUAUCAAAUCUCAGUGGGAUCUCACAACUCAACAGAUUCUGCCUUAUAUUGAUGGAUUCAGACACAUCCAGAAGAUUUCAGCUGAAGCGGAUGUGGAGCUGAAUCUUGUUCGUAUUGCGGUGCAGAAUCUCAUGUAUUACGGUGUCGUGACUCUGGUGUCGAUAUACCAGUACUCCAAUGUGUACUGCACCACCCCCAAAGUCCAGAGCCUCAUAGACGACAAGUUCAUUCAGGAGGAGUGCCUCAACUACGUGACCAAGCAGGGUCAAAAGCGAGCCAGUCUGAGAGACGUGUUCCAGCUGUAUUGUGGUCUGAGUCCAGGCACCACAGUUCGAGACCUUUGUUCUCGCUACUCGCAGCAGCUUCAAAGGGUGGAUGAGAGGAGGCUGAUUCAGUUCGGACUGAUGAAGUCUCUGAUUCGUCGGCUGCAGAAAUAUCCGGUGAAGGUGAUCCGGGACGAGAGGAGCCGGCCGCCUCGACUCUUCACCGGUGUUCAUAGUUAUGAUGAGAUCUGUUGCAAAACAGGGAUCAGUUACCAGGAGCUGGACGAGCGUUUGGAAAAUGACCCCAACAUCGUGGUGUGCUGGAAGUGAAGUGAAAUGAACUGAAAACAAAAAAACAGCUCGGUGCUGCAUUCAGCCGUCUGACUUAAAGAUACAGAGGUGCCUCCACCAAAGAUGCCUUCAGUGAGAUGAAGAGUUUUCCUGGAAUAACUGAGAAAAGUGAAGUGUUAUUUUGUAACUUCAACAUCUAGGUCAAAGAUAAAGGUGGUAUUUAUUAAUAUUGUAGAAAAAAUAAUAUGUGACUAAUAAAAGAAAAUUUUACAUUGGG